AUGAGGAAUAUGCUGAAGAAUGUAAAGUUUGAAGAAGAUGCGAGCGGACGGAAGUUUGUCACAAUGGCUCAUGACGAAGCGACGAAGAAUCACCCGGGAGGGAUGAAUGAUGUAGCCAGCACUGAAAAGUACGCUCGGAUGUACGAAACAGACAACGAAAAUGAUGGUUACCGUGCUCUGCGACUUUAUCUGUCCAAGAUAAAUCCUGAAUGUGAGGCCCUUUUUCAAUAUCCAAAACGAAAUUGGAGUGUACAUGACGCAGUUUGGUAUGAAAACAGACCGAUCGGAGUAAACAAGCUGGAUGCCAUGAUGACAGAUAUCAGCAAAGAGGCAAAGCUUUCGCGUGUAUAUACCAAUCAUUCAGUUCAUGCUACCGCUAUAACAAUGCUGUCUAACGCUGGGGUACCAAAUAGACACAUUAUGGCAAUUUCGGGUCAUCGCAAUGAGCAAAGCCUAGCACACUACAACACCAGACCGUCGACACAACAACUUCACGCUUGCUCUGAUGUUCUCUCGCGAGGUCUAACCAAUACUAGCUCAUCAAGCCAAUCCCUUCUCCAAAGACAGUCAACCUCCGUUUAUGGCACAAGACCUGAGCCAAAUGACCAAGUGGUGGUUGUCAUGCGCCCAGCUGAGAAGUAG